CUCAAUUCCUGCCCUCUUCAACCACAGCCUAGGAAUUCUCCCCCUCCCAACUCUUCAUCAUGGCCGAUAUCUCGCGUGGUGAGCACAAGAACUCCCCCGUGCUAGGCGUUCUUCGGAACGCAGACCCCGCCCUGGAUAUUUUGAAGGAGCAUCCCCAUGAACACCUUCAUCACGAUGCCCUCGCCGAGAAAGGUCACACCCACGAAAUCGCCUACACCACAGGCACCACAGAUGAGCCGAGUGUUAUCCCGAAGGUUGAUCCAAAUGACGAUGUCCUGCAUCGAUGUCGACACCCAGAGAAGAACCUCGAGCAUGAUGUCGAGAAAGGCGCAGGACUCGAAUACGGCGAAAAGACUAGCUUGAGCGACCGUCGAGUUUCGUCUGGCCCGGAAGACGAGGCGGAUCCCAAGCGUCAUGUCAUUUCGAACUUCUACAGAAAAUACAGAAUUUUUUUCCACAUUUUCUUGGGCGCUCUGUUCACCGGGUGGUGGAUUGCCAGCGUCGUCGUUCAUCGCCAUGAUAUGAACUGGGUCAUUCCGUUCCUCUUCUGGUUGUGUAUCAUGCUCCGGUUAAUCUUCUUCCAUGUUCCAAUUACGAUUGUUACGAAGCCCAUGCAUUUCGUAUGGAACAAUACCGGAGUCCGAGCGAGUAGCUAUAUCCCAGAAAAAUUGCGCGUUCCUGCUGGUGCGGCCUUGACUAUCGCUGUCAUUAUUGUCGGGGCUUUCGUGAGCGAGGAAAGCCAGGACAAUACGCGUGCGAAUCGUGCAGUUAGCUUGUUUGGUCUGGUUGUCUUCUUCUUCACUUUUUGGGCUACUUCCCGUAACCGGAAGAAGAUCGUGUGGCACACCGUCAUCGUUGGGAUGCUGUGCCAAUUCAUCAUUGCCAUCUUUGUCUUGAGGACGAAGGCAGGAUACGACAUCUUCACCUUCGUCUCGGAGCUCGCCCGUUUGCUUCUAGGUUUCGCAAACAAGGGUGUCAUAUUCUUGACUGAUGACUCUGUCCCAAAGCUUCUCUGGUUCCUUACUGGGGUGGUUCCCCCAAUUAUAUUCUUCGUCUCUUUCGUCCAGCUCUUGUACUACUGGGGUAUACUUCAGUGGUUCAUUGGCAAGUUCGCCGUCUUCUUCUUCUGGUCCAUGCGGGUCUCUGGUGCUGAGGCCGUCGUCGCUUCUGCAUCUCCAUUCAUUGGCCAGGGUGAAUCUGCGAUGCUGAUUCGUCCGUUUGUUGCCCACCUUACUCAGGCCGAAUUACACCAAGUCAUGUGCUCUGGCUUCGCUACUAUUGCUGGCAGCGUGUUGGUCGCAUAUAUUGGCAUGGGCAUCAACCCUGAGGCGUUGAUUUCAUCCUGUGUCAUGAGUAUCCCUGCAUCUCUUGCAAUCAGUAAGCUCCGAUAUCCAGAGGAAGAGGAAACCCUUACCGCUGGACGUGUCGUCAUCCCUGAUGAUGAGGAGCACAAGGCCGCCAACGCGCUGCACGCUUUCGCCAAUGGUGCGUGGCUGGGUUUGAAGAUCGCUGGUAUGAUUGUCGCUACACUCCUCUGCAUUAUCGCCCUUUUGAACCUCGUUGAUGGUCUUCUGACCUGGUGGGGGCACUACAUCAACCUAGAGGGCGAGUACGACCUCACGCUGGAGCUGAUGCUCGGAUACAUCUGUUACCCGAUUGCCUUCUUGCUCGGAGUAUCUCGCGAAGGUCAUGAUCUGCUCCUUGUGGGUCGCUUGAUCGGUAUCAAGGUUAUCGCCAAUGAGUUUGUCGCUUUCUCCACUCUCCAGGCCAAGAAUAAUCCCACCUCGCCUUAUCACAGCCUCUCUCCUCGAUCACGAUUGAUCGCUACCUACGCUGUCUGUGGAUUCGGAAAUAUUGGUUCUCUCGGCACACAGAUUGGUGUGCUCAGUCAGAUAUCUCCGGGCCGAAGCGGUGAUAUUUCUCGUCUUGCGCUGAGCGCGUUAAUCUCCGGUGUCAUUUCCACAUUGACUUCGGCCAGUAUUGCUGGUCUGAUUAUCCAGGAUCAGAAACAAUUCUCUUAAUUGAAUAACCAUGAUCCAAGAGGGAGUUUCCUAUUGAUCUAUUUAGCGGUGUGGGAACAAAAUGUACACCUAGCUAGACGACGAGCGUGCAAAUAUACCCAGUAAUGGAUCUCAAAGGAGGAUCUUUCACCUUUAUCCCACCCUGUCCUAAAUCAGUUCUCCCGUG